AUGGAGUUUCAAGAGAUGUUCCGUUACGGUUACAUGUUCCCGCCCCAGGAAGAUCAUAACGAAGCACACCACAUUACACCAACUUAUGUGGAGCUGCCAUACGCCGACACCUAUCUCAAAGAUAAAAGUGUCCUGCUGCCUCCAGUUUCUUCUGUCCUGACAGUUCAACCUCACAUUAUGUACGACAACAAUAGCGAUGGCUGGAAUACUCCAAGUCCUCCAGCAAGUCUCCGUUCAGUAUCACCCUCCACAACAUUAUCCGGCUCGUCGGACUUGGAACGAUCUGCUUCGCAUCAGAAAGAGGCAAUCCAACCGGAAGUGAAACGACGAAGAGAUCGUCGUGAUUCGGGGCAAGAUACGAGGAGAAAUGUUCUUCAGGUGCAUGUGCAAGUGACUGGAGUUGAUGAUGAUGAAGAGGACAAUCAUAGCGAGGAGAAACUUUCCUCGAGGCGGAGUGUUGUCAGCACCUCGAGUUCUUUCGAAGAGAGAAUGGAGAUGGACUUGGAGAGUGAUGGAGCCAGUGAAGUUGACGAGUCGUCGAGGAGACGCGGUAAAUAUGUAAGUUCGACUGUUGUCAGGAAGCGGAGACUAGCGGCCAAUGCUCGGGAACGCAGACGGAUGCAGAAUCUUAACAAAGCUUUCGACAGACUCCGGGCUUAUUUACCUUCUCUUGGCAAUGACAGGCAACUCUCCAAGUAUGAGACUCUCCAAAUGGCACAAUCUUAUAUCACAGCCCUCUACGACUUACUCCAGUGA